AUGCCCUCAAUCCCCAGCAGCAAACAUGGCCAACCCCUCCUCCAGCGCGCCAAAGCCCUCUCCGCCGAACACGAGGCCCUGCAGAAAUCCCUCAACGCCCAGUUCGACUCGCAAAAGGCCCGGCGCGCAGGCGAACUGCACCGCGUUGCCGCUGCCCUCUCGGCAUGGCAGCAAUCACACUCGUCCAUCCGCGACCUCCAAGCCAUGGCCGACGACGAACAGGACCCCGACCUGGCAGCCAUUGCGCGCGAUGAGCUGCAAGCCGAAGAAGAAAAGCUCGCGUCUCUGGAAAAGAACCUCUCGGCCAGCCUGACGCCGCAGCACCCGUUCGCCGACAUGCCGUGCAUGAUCGAGUUCCGCCCGGGCCCGGGCGGCCUCGAGGGCCGGUACUUUACCGACUCGCUGUUCAAAAUGUACAAGGCGCUGUGCGCGCGACGGGGCUACCGCGCCAACGUCCUCAAGUACGAAAUGGCCGACGCGGCGGGGGACCAGUCGUCGUCGGCAGGCGAGAACCCCGUGCAGGAAGCCAUCCUCGAGAUCCAAGACCAGGGCGCGUACGACCUGUUCCGCAGCGAGGCGGGCAUGCACCGCGUGCAACGGAUCCCCAGCACCGAGAGCAAGGGGCGGGUUCACACGAGCGCCGUGGCCGUGUGGGUGCUGCCGUCGUUCCCCGAGGGCGGCAGCAGCGGCGGCGGCGGCGAAGCAGACGCAGACGACCCCGAGAGCGACUUCUACGUGAACCCGCAGGAGGUCAGGGUCGAGACGAUGCGCGCCCGCGGCGCCGGCGGCCAGCACGUCAACAAGACCGAGUCCGCGAUCCGCAUGACGCACCUGCCGACGGGGACGACCGUGUCCAUGCAGGACCACCGCUCGCAGCAGCGCAACCGCGAAGACGCGUGGAAGCUGCUGCGCUCGCGCAUCGCCGGCCAGCGCGCCGAGCUGCGCAUGCACGAGGCCGCCCGCCUGAGGAACAGCGUGCUCGCGCAGGCGCAGAUUACGCGCGGCGACAAGAUCCGCACCUACAACUACAACCAGGACCGGUGUACGGACCACCGCGCCGGCCUCGACGUCCACAACCUGCCCGAUGUCUUGGACGGCGGCGAGACCCUGGACCGCGUCAUGGACGCCGCCAAGGAGUGGUUGGUCGCGAGGGAGAUUGACAUGGUCAUUGCCGAGGAGGAGGCCAAGUCCGCGGCCGCUGCCAACUGA